AUGAACGGAUCGAUCCGAUUAAGGCGUGAACUGGAUUUUGAGACCAAAGCCUCCUAUAUGAUGUCCCUAUUGGCAUCUGAUGGAAAUGGAAGAUCCGCUGUAGUUUCGCUUGAAGUCGUAGUGUUGCCUGUCGAUGAGUACGCUCCAGUGUUCUCUCAAUCGAGCUAUACAUUCCAGAUUCCACUUGACGCCGGCGCUGGUGCCAUCGUUGGUGAUGUACUGGCUGUUGACGCCGAUGGAGGUGUUCACGGUAUUCCCGAGUACCGUAUAGAACCGCCCAGCAAUCUGGUUGCAGUGGACAAAACAUCAGGAUUGAUAACCCUCAAAGCUAAACCGGAUCGCCAUCGCAAUCAUACGGUAGAACAAAUUGUCGUAAUUGCGGCCAGUAGUCAUCUACAACAGACGAAAGCCACAGUUUACUUGGAGAUUGGCGACUUCCCAAUAAGGCCAGCGAAUUCGGCCAUUUCAUCCAACAUUUUCAAAAUUGGAGCUGUUGCCACUGCGGCUCUAUUCGUGCUGUUGAUCUGUCUACUUUGGCUGCUGUUUGUUUGGCUAUCGAUCGUCGAAACCCAAGAGAUUGAUAGUCCUCGAAAGCAGACCUCAUCGAUGACGUCAUCAGCGUCUUCGAACUCAGGGAUACGAAAUUCACUGCUGUCUCAUCGCGAAGCCGCAUCAACUCGUUCACAGCCUGAUUCAGGAAUCGACCAGGAUACGGUAUCGGUGAACAGUUCCGUCACCGAAUAUCUCAUUUCGAUCGGUGUGAAUCCUAAUCCGAUUCAAUCGCGUUCACGAUACCGACGACCUGAUACGGUUGAUUCGGCUUUGAAUGAGUAUAUCUACGCACGGGUAGAAGACGUACUCCCUCCAGGACCGGUGAAUUUAUCCAGCAAUGUUGAGCAGCUUGAAGAUCUCUAUCAGUAUUCUCAUUCACGGUUGUCGGCACCAUCAUUCCAACCUUUGACGGAGAUUUUCGACGAACUGGAGGAGAUUCAACGAGAACAACAAGGGAAACAUCGAGACUAUGUACAAGUAGAAAUCUAG